AGAGAGAGACUAGUGAGAGAGUCCAUCGCUUUCCCUCUCUCUUUUCAUCUCCAACAGAGACUUAGAGAGACAGACACACACACACAAAUAUGACAGUGAAGGAGAUUCACUGAAACAAGCGAUGGCAUUUUCUCCUCCUUAUUCUGAUCACUAUGUCCUCCGCCGCGUCGUUGAUAGGUGUUUCUUCGGAAACAGACGUCGGAGCGUUCGACUACGGUGAAGCAUUGUCUAAAAGCUUACUCUACUUCGAAGCUCAGAGAUCAGGUCGACUUCCGUACAACCAGCGCGUGACUUGGCGUGAUCACUCUGGUCUCACUGAUGGUCUCGAGCAAGGGGUGGAUUUAGUGGGAGGAUAUCACGACGCCGGAGACCAUGUUAAAUUCGGACUUCCGAUGGCUUUCACGGUGACUAUGUUGCCGUGGAGUGUAAUAGAGUACGGUGACUCACUCGCUUCAACCGGCGAGUUAUCUCACGCACUUGAAGCUAUCAAAUGGGGAACCGAUUACUUCAUCAAGGCACACACAAGUCCAAAUGUUCUAUGGGCUGAAGUAGGCGACGGUGACACUGAUCGCUACUGUUGGCAAAGACCGGAGGACAUGACAACUUCACGGCGAGCUUUCAAGAUCGACGAGAAUAAUCCGGGAUCAGAUCUCGCCAGAGAAACCGCCGCGGCUAUGGCUGCAGCUUCUAUCGUUUUCCGCACAACAAACCCACAUUACUCUCACCUUCUCUUGCACCAUGCCCAACAAUUAUUUGAGUUUGGAGACAAGUACAGAGGAAAAUACGAUGAGAGUCUAAGAGUUGUUAAAAGUUAUUAUGCCUCAGUGAGUGGUUACAUGGACGAGCUUUUAUGGGGUGCAACGUGGCUUUCUCGAGCCACCGACAAUGAUCAUUAUAUUAGUUAUGUGGUUGACAUGGCUCACCAACUAGGUGGCCUUUCUUGGGCUAUGUCCGAGUUUAGCUGGGACGUAAAGUUCGCUGGCGUUCAACUCCUCGCUUCCAUGGUUAGUGUUUCAUAUUAUCAAUCACAUAAAUAAACUAAGAAUUUGGUCUGGUCUGGUUGGAUAAUCCUAAUUUUUGUUUUCUAAUCCUAAAAAGUUAACAAACGAACUAGCAACAUUUCUAAUUCUAGCAUAAUACAAACAAAGGUUAAGCUCAAGAGUUUUAACACCAUGAAUUAAAAACAAAAAAAAAAAUUAGUUUUUUUAGUAAAUAAAGUCUUAAUAGGACUAACCUCUUAUUACAUCAUUUAAGCGAAUUAACGGUCCUACUUAAAAGCUCUUAUUAUUGCGUUAUGUGAAGGGAUUAUCAAGCUUUAACUUCGUGGGAAACCAUGAUUAACCCCAGUCUUUUAACUGGAGUUCUUAGAUUCGGCUAAAAUAUGAUUUUUAGUUUUUCUUAGAUUUUAAUUAAGAAAAACUAAGAACCGUCUCUUAAAUAAGAAAUAUAAGAACCAUCUUUUACCCGAAAAAUGUAAAAAAAAACAAAAAAAUAUCAAAUCAUAAGUUAACAACUCCGGCUAAGACACCGGAUUUAAUCAUGCCGUCACGUUUAAGUAGGUUGUAACUUUUCAGUUUGUUUUGAUGUUCGAAACCAAAAGGUAGGUCGUAACCAAAAGUAAGGUAUAUAUCCCACACCAUAUCUAACAUUCAACAACUAUUCAAAUACUUUAUCUUUGUAUGCAACAAUAUAAAUAUUAAAAAAUUUAAAAUUAACAAAUUUUCAUUUUUAGAAAAGUUUAGUUAUAGAGCGAUACUGAAUCAAACACUUAAUCUCAAACUCAAACUCUUUAUUAUUAUUCUCUCAAUGCUUUAGAAAAUAACUCAAAAAAACUAAAGCUUUCAAAUCUCACACAUUAUGCAACACUUUUGCAUAUCCUUAUAUAUAAAUCUAAGUUCCUAAACUCAUUAGGAAACCACUCUUAUAGAUAACUCUAACAUAUGACUUUCCUAAUCUCAUAAGAAAGUGGUAGCUUGUUUCCUAAGCAGGAUAUUCCGAUCAUCUACGAAAAUCAAACUCCAAUCUGGAGUGUCAUGAAGGAACUGUGACUCCUGAUGAGAUGAUCGUGUUUGCGAAAUCCCAAAUAGAUUACAUUUUAGGAACAAACCCGAUGAAAACAAGUUAUCUUGUCGGAUACGGUCCGAAAUACCCGACUAGGGUUCAUCAUAGAGGUGCAUCGAUCGCUUCUGAUAAAGAAUACAAGGGAUUCAUUGGAUGCACUCAAGGAUAUGAUUAUUGGUACGGACGGUCCGAGCCAAAUUCAAACCGAGGCUUGCACGUAUAAUACUGCCCCUUUGGUUGGUGUUUUUGCGAGACUUAUAGAGCUUGAAGAGCAAAAACUUGAAGAAGAAGAUGUGAGUUUGGUUGCAACUUACAAGAGAUAGGUUUUAAAAUACAAAAAAUGGUUUUAUUUGCACCCAUUUAUUAUAAUACUAGUGGUAUUCCGGCGCAUAGCGCCGGGUUUGUAUAUUUUUUUCUGAAAUGAAUUUACAAUAUAUUUUAUGGUUUUAGUAAACAAAAUAUGUUCUAGAAGAUGAAAAUGAAAAUAUGUUGAAAAAGAAUAAUAUUUUUCCGAUCCAUUCGAUAGUGGUUAGCUAUCGUAGUGUAUUACUUUGUUUUGAAGUUGCUUAGUUCAAAGUGGAAUAUUAUUAGCGACUGUGACUAAUUGAUUCAGUAAAAGUAAAAUAAAAAGCUGAAAUUGUAACAAAGUUAAUUUAGUUAGAAUUUAAAUAUAUUUAAAUAUAUUAUAAUUUAAAUAUAGUUAAAUAUAUUGCGGCCAUCACUUGCUCUCCCUAUAUAUGAGACAUCUUAUGUUUGUACGAAGCCAUUGGUCAAUGUAGUGGAAAUGAACAGUAUGGCCGCAAGUAAGUAACCAUAGAUCGGUUCCAUUGUUGCAAUUUCUAAAGCAUAUUGUGCAUGUACCGUUUUCCUCUUAUGUAGUUGGAGGUAUUUUAGUUUCCUCAAGAUCGGUGAUGAUAAGGUCGACGUCAAGUCUUGUAGUCGUGUUUUGGUUGUAGUUUGUGAUGGUAAGAGUAACUUGAAGAUCAUCAGUUAUGUUAUUGUUUUCGACUCUUAAUAAUUUCAUCACGUAUUAGGUGUUCUCUUGAAUAAGCAAGGUUGAGUCGGGUAUUCUAUUUCAUGGUAUGUUAACAUGAAUAUCAUUCUCUCAGUUGUUGAGUCAUUAAAAUUACCUUGAUAGUCGGUGAUGGAUGGUAGCUAGAAAUCAAUAAUAAAUUGUUGUGUGUUGAACCUGUGGAUGUAGACUUGGAGUGUGUGCCAAGAUUUGCUCAUGAAAGUCUUGUUUAGUGUGAGAACUCAUAAGAAAGAAAUGGUUCAUUAUUCAUUGUUUGGUUAUUUGUGUUUACUCAAAGUUGAAAGUAGCAUAAGGCGACAUAGUUAUAUCUUAUAGAUAGUGAGUUUAAGUUGUCGAUUUUCUUGACUUCCUGUAACAUUUUGUUUAAAGGACUAUUUAUUGAGAAGCGUUCGGGUUUUUGAGUUGAUGGUUUGUGAUGAAUUAACUGUUUUUUAAAUUAGAUUGUUUAUUUAUGAAGAUUAUCUAUUAUAAUUUAUAUUUAGUGUGGAUUUGUAAGAGAACAUUGUUCUUUAUAUUGAUAAUAUAACUAUUAUUUAAUUUUUUUUAGGAAUCUUAUGUUUUAAUUAAGCAACGUUAUUUGUACUAUUUAUUUUAAAGUUUUCUUAGGGUGCUUAGUUUUUAAACUAGUAGAAUUUAACUUAUAUUUGUUUAAUCAUUUUUAUUUUUAUUUUUUUCUGUAGACGUUGGGUGAUAUAUUGAUAUAGACUGUAUUUUCUAUAUACGUAGUUACGAAAUGAACUGGAUGGUAGGAGCGUUAUAAUAUAGUUCUUAGUUGGGGGUCAGGGACACGUGAGAAUUGCCUGUAGAUAUAUGAACUUUCAAAAUAUUACUUUCUGGUGCAUAUUGGAUUUUGGUGAUAAAGAAUUUAGAGGCCUGACAUAUGAAGGGAUUUUAUGGUGCAUGUAUAAUGGAACAUUACGCAAUUCGGUUAGGAAACCUCAGACCUGUACGUCAAGUAAAGGCAUUUCUGACUCCUGCUGAGCCUAUCUCUAAAGAUUGUUACUAAUGCAAGCAAUGCAAUAAUUAUUUUUUCCUGUAAUUUUUUUUAGUGUUUGUAUGUAUAGAUGAAUAAGAAGUAAAUGCCUAUUAUGGUGGAAGCUUAAACUGAAACUUGAUAGUAUAACUCACAUGGAAUGUUUUUGAUACUCAAAACCUCUCACUGAAAUAUGUAUGCCAGAUUUUAUGUCCAUGAAGACGUCAAGACACCGAAGAAGUUUGCGUAUUCAGAUGAUGAAAGCCUAUGCUGGAUAUAUAGGGAGCUUAGGAAAGGACUACUAAUGAAGACUGCAUGGCCUCGGAACCUAUAAAUCCAAGACAUGUGGAUGCGUAUUGUUAAAAAGAUUUGCAUUGAUAAAAGAAAUAACAGCCACGACACUGAGUUUUUUUUUAAAA